CGAAUCCAACAGGUAUCUCGGAAUUCUAUGACAAACACAGUCUGACGUCACCUAUUGUUGUUAAAUGAGCUGGUAUAGCCGGUGGACCGAAUGAGACACCCAAUCGCACUUACCGCAUUUCCAAAGAAUUUGUCGGUUAGCACACGAACGAUUCAUCGUUAGUCAACAACAGAAAAACCGAAUCAGUUUGAAUCAGAUGUCCGGAGCAAACGGUUAAAAUCGAAGGAUAGGUAAAAUUUGUGUUUUCGUUAGAUAAUCCAGUGAAUAUGAAGUCCAAACACGAAAUACCAAACAAGACAGACUUCAUGAAGGCACAUUCAUUUAAUUUUAUACAAAACGAAAUAGGAAACAGUGAUCUAAUACACGGGGACAAAUCUUACAAACAUGGUCAAGGGGGUACAGAAACACCCUCUAUAUCAAAGAACCGGGACGUAGAAAAUCAAAAAAUGGAAAAAGAAAAUUCUAGUCGAACUCAUGAAUCGCUAAUAGAAAAAUCUGAAACAAGUAUCGUUACAGACUCCAGAACCGACUACACUGGAUCUGCACCUAAAAGAUAUACCACCAAAUGUUAUAUAACACUUGCCCCAAUCCCAAUUUGGUACACCGAAUCCGUUUCUCUCACUAUUGGAUCUACGAGGCGAAGGUAUGAGGAAAAAGUUUAUAUUAAGAAUAAACUACGACCGUACAAGUGGUCCGAAAGCAUGUCUACGGAAGUUAAAACCAUGCCAAAGAAUAUAAUUUCUGACAUAUACAUUCCAGUGGAAGAUUCCGACAUACAUUUUAUGUCGUUGGAACCACAGCAGAUAGCAGCUGGUGCUAACUGAACAUUCCAAAAAUGUGCAUUAUAUAUUGUUAAUAUUUACGCAAAUACAUAAAUAUUUAAGAUACCAAUAUUUAAA